CUUAGCACAGGGCAUUACGAGAACUCGGUUCUCUCUUCUUCCUAUUCUCCCCUUCUCACUCUAAUAUUCUCUCAUCCGCAAAGCGCAGAAGUCUCUGCAUCGACCUUGAUUUUUCUCCAUCUUAGUUUAUGAGCUCGAAGGAGAAGCCCACUCUCGGUGGUACGCGGAUUAAGACCCGCAAGCGGAAUAUUGCUGCGCCGCUGGACCCUGCAGCAUUUGCUGAUGCAGUGGUCCAGAUUUAUCUGGAUAAUGCUGGUGAUUUGGAACUUGUUGCUAAGAACCUCGAGUCUUCAGACCUCAACUUCUCAAGAUACGGUGACACUUUUUUCGAGGUUAUCUUCAUUGGAGGUCGUACACAACCUGGAACGAUUAAACCCGAUGAAGGGGAUCGCCAUCCUUACUCUGUAAUUGAGUGUGAACCUACACGUGAAGUCAUUUUGCCAUCUGUCAUCUAUGUACAGAAGAUAUUGAGGAGAAGACCGUUUCUUAUAAAGAAUCUUGAAAAUGUCAUGCGAAAAAUGUUGCAGUCACUGGAGCUCUUCGAGGAAAAUGAAAGGAAGAAGCUCGCAAUAUUUACAGCCCUUGCCUUUUCCCAGAAGCUAUCAGGCCUUCCUCCGGAGACUGUUCUCCAGCCAUUGCUCAAAGACAACCUUGUCGCCAAAGGGAUAGUUCUUGCUUUUAUCACAGACUUUUUCAAGGAAUAUCUGAUUGACAACAGUCUUGAUGAUUUGAUCUCAAUCCUUAAGAGGGGUAAGAUGGAGGACGAUCUUCUUGAGUUCUUCCCCUCUGCAAAGAGGACACCUGAAGCUGUCUCUGAGCAUUUCAC